AUGGCUUCUGCAGUGGGUGAAAAUUCUCUUUCACAGUCUAAUUUCGACGUAUCGUUGAAUCUGGAAGGUUCGGGCUCCAACUUCAGUGCCAACGGUAUCCAAUUGCACGAAAAUCAAUCGCCGAUAACUUCCACGUCUACAUCAUCCAACACUCACUCACAGGAGACGCGCUCGAACGACGAGCGAGGAAAACGAUCUCCAAAAGGGCCUGUUACCAGCUCACCGAAGCCCUCGAAACCUACUCCUGCCUCUGAAGUAGCAAAGCCCAAGCGGGUCCGGACCGGCUGCCUCACCUGCCGAGAGCGACAUCUCAAGUGUGACGAAGCUCUUCCUAGAUGUCAGAAUUGUCAAAAGUCGGGUAGAAUAUGCAAGCGCGGUGUCCGGCUGAAUUUCAUCGAUACCCAAACUAUUGCCCCUCCUCAUCACAUUGCACAUCCCCCGGGCACUCAAUUGUCCUUCCAAGAUGAGUCCCGAGAGAUUGCCUCCGGGUAUAUCGGUGGCUUCGAGCGUUAUCCCCCGUUGAAGGAAAGUCCCUCUGCCUCAUCGAAUAAGGAGGCAACGUCACAGUUUGAUUUUACGGACGUCUUAAGUGCUCCUCUAAUUCCUCGACAGACCUUAUCCCCCUCACUCCUCCCAUCAUUCCCUGAGGCUCCCCAGGCAGAAAUGUCGGACCCCAUAUUCAACGAUAGUUCCUAUUCUGGACCGCAGUCUACCUUCCAAGAUCAUGGUUCCUUUUCGCCCAAACCAACCAUCCAGCCAUCCAAUAUUCGGCCAUGUUUGAAUAAUGCCGAAGAAGUCCUCUUGAUGCAGGUGUUCAUCGAGGAGGUCGGCCUGUGGAUGGAUUCUAUGGAUGCAAACAAGCACUUCACUCGUAUCUUGCCAUUUCAUGCACUUAACGAGCCUAUGCUCCUAAACGCUUUUCUGGCGUGUGGAGCCCGACAUCUUCACCUUGUCAAUCCGUCAUACAGCGAGGAGCGAGCACUUCAUUAUUACAACGCCGCAUCAAGAGACCUCCUUGCUCUCUUACAAAAUCCGAACCGUGAUGUUGUGCUGUGUGCCACAACAGCAGUCGUCCUCAACGUUUACGAGGUCAUGUGUGAGAGUGCCAUGCAACGGAUGAAUCACAUCGCCGGUGCCAGAGCUCUCAUUAAGGAAUGCCGUUGGAACGCCAGGACUCCUGGCAUUGGUGGCGCCUGUUUCUGGCUCAAUGUCGGCAUGGAAUUAUUGAGCUGUCUUCAUUUUAAUUGGCAAAUGGCAUGGGAUCCUGAUACAUGGGAUAUAGAUAUGAACAUGGAACUGUCGCCUACAGGAAACCUUGUUGGAGAUGAGGAGUUGUGGACGCACCGGAUGGUAUACAUUUGCGCCAAAAUUGCCAAUUUCCGGGCGACUAUUCCGCAGUUUCAGUCGCUGGACCGCAAUACGCAGGAAAUGCGAAUUAAUCAGCGAUGUCAGGAGUGGAAUACGUAUAAGCGAUGGUGUGACGAGUGGGCAAAACACGUCCCGCGAUCCAUGAUGCCUCUUGGCUAUCUGCAGCCCUGGCAGACCAAUUCAGAUUCUUGCUUCCCCGAAGUUUGGCUUAUCAAACGCACCGCCAUCGUCGCUCGGUUGUUCUAUCAUACAGCAUGCCUCCUUCUUGCCAAGAUCCAUCCGCUUGAAUCCGAAUUCAGUCCAGAAAUGCGUAGCAUGCAGCAGAGUCACGCGCAUGAUAUCUGUGGGAUUGUUGCGCAUGUGAAGGACAGAGGCGUGGCUAGUGUUUCGAUCCGCUGUUUGGCUAUUGCGGCAGAGUGCCUGGUCACCCGGGAAGCUCAAGAGGAGGUUCUUGGAAUUUUCGACAAGAUCAUCAAGGAGACAGGCUGGCGGGUAGGAUUUCUCAAAGAUGAACUCCAUGAGAAGUGGGGCUGGAACAAUCCUGCCCAGCAGCAGCAGCAGCGAUCAGAACGACCGAAUUCGACAGCGGACUCAUCCAUGGGCGGUAACUCGUUAAAUGCGACGAUGGGACCUGCAUCGACGCGUCCAAGAGCCCCAUCCGGGAUCGUCAAUCCGUUGAUGGCCACUGCCGACUUUUCCAUGGAGAAUCAUCCGUAUCAGAAUCACUACGUUGCUCCGCAUACCCAGCUUGACAACUAUCAGUACGGGCCAUACUAG